CUAUACUGUUAGCUACUUACCUGAGCUUGAGACAGGGAGAGAGUGUGAGUGGGUGCAAGUUAGAGGAGGGAUCAAAUCUCAGCACACAUAUUUUUACACUCACACGCUCACACAAACACACUCGGUGGCUCUCACUCUCCCUUGUCUCUCUCUCAUUUCAAGACUGUGACACUCACGCGCACACACGGGCGCCUUACCUCCAGGUUCAAGGGGAUAGGAGUCAAUAUUUGACGGAGCUGAGCAGAGAAGGAAGGAAGGAAGAAAGAAAGAGAAAGAGAGAGAGAGAGAGGGCGAAAGUAGAAGUGUGUUUCUCUCCUGUGCACUAGCAUUAGAGAUUCCUGGAAACGUGGAACUUGGACUUGAAGGCUCGUAAAGGAGGUUUCCCCCCCCCCAGACGCAGGUGGAUACUAACUUUACAGAAGAGUGGAGAGUUAAAGAAAAGGGGAUUAAGCUUUUCCUUAUUUUUUUUGGUCAGACUUUUGGACUUGGAUUGGGCAAGGCAGCCAUAAGAGGAGGGAGAUGGGGAGAUGGACAUUAAAUCUCUUGGUGGGGGUUGUACUUCUUGCUGUCCUCACAGCCAGUUGCUACGCUGAAAAAGUGAAUCACUGUCUGGCUACGAGGGCUAGCACCUGUUCAGAAUGUAUUCAGUCAGGGAAGGGCUGUGCCUACUGUCCAGAUGAGAUCUUUGAUGGUCCCCGCUGCGACCUUCAUGACAACAUCAUAAGCCGCGGCUGUAAUAGCGCGGUGACAGCCAAAAGCAGCAUGUCGAUGGAAAGAAAUGAGCAGAUCGACAUGCUGUUGAAGCAGUCCCAGGUAGCUCCUCAGGAGAUGUCUAUGACUCUGCUGCCAGGGGAGGAGAGGGAGAUCGAGAUGGAGGUGUUUGAACCAGCUAAAGGACCUCUGGACCUCUACAUUCUUAUGGACUUCUCCAACUCCAUGGAGGACGACCUGGACAACCUCAAGAGAAUGGGUGCUGAGCUGGCUGCGUUGGUAGGGAAGCUGUCUGAUGAUUACACCAUCGGUUUCGGCAAGUUUGUGGACAAAGUGGUGGAGCCCCAGACAGAUAUGAGACCAUCCAAACUUGCCAAGCCUUGGCCCAACAGUGACCCUCCCUUCUCGUUCCGUCAUGUGAUCACUCUGACCCCUGACCUGCGGUUCUUCACCGAGAAGCUGCAGAAGGAGAGGAUCUCAGGGAACCUGGACGCUCCAGAGGGGGGCUUCGACGCCAUACUGCAGGCUGCAGUCUGCGGGGAAAAGAUCGGCUGGCGUAGCCAUGCCACCCACCUCCUGGUCUUCUCCACCGAGUCGGCCUUCCACUACGAGGCGGAUGGUGCCAACGUGCUGGCGGGCAUCAUGCCACGCAACGACGAGCAGUGCCACCUGGACCCCGAGGGGAAAUACACAGAGGACACCAGGCAGGACUACCCCUCUGUGCCCACCCUGGUCCGCCUGCUGGGCAAACACAACAUUAUCCCCAUCUUCGCCAUCACAAACCACUCCUUUACCUAUUAUCAGAAGCUUUAUGAGUAUUUCCCCAUCGCUGAGUUGGGUCUGCUACAGGAAGACUCUGCUAACAUCCUCAAUAUCCUGGAGAAAGCCUUUGAGAAUAUCCGCUCUAAGAUCAGCAUCCGUGCUGAGGACAGGCCUAAAGCUAUAGAAGCUCAGGUCCUAUCGUACAGUGGCAGUGUUGCACAGGCUGGAACCUUCAAAGUCAAGCCUGGACAAAUAGGGAAGUUUAAGGUGCGUGUCAAGGCCAGUGAGAUGGUUGGGGAGCAACAUGUGUGCAGUCUGGAGCAGGGUGACAAAAAGGGGAAGAUGAGAGUCAAACCGACAACCUUCAGCACGGCUCUAAACAUCAACGCCGAAGUGCUCUGUAAAACCUGCGACUGUGAGAAGACCCCCACUAAAAAUGCAGUGCGGUGUACAGGCCACGGGGACCUGGUCUGUGGGAAGUGCCGGUGCUACGGUGGCUGGCUGGGUCCGUUCUGUAACUGCUCAACCAGUGCGUCGCCGGUCGCGGGUAGUUCCUGUCUGGGUCCUGACGUGGGGGAGCCGUGUUCUGGCCGAGGAGAUUGCCUGUGUGGAACGUGUGUGUGUUACAACACCGACCAGUACGAGGGACCCCUCUGUCAGUUUGACAAGUCCCAGUGUCAACGAUACGGAGGCUUCCUCUGCAACGACCGUGGUCGUUGCUUCAUGGGUCAGUGUGCGUGUGCAGAGGGCUGGGAGGGACCGGCCUGUGAGUGUCCCAUGAGCAACCAGACCUGUCUGGACACUAAAGGGGGUGUCUGUAACGGGCGUGGUGUGUGUAAGUGCGGUCGCUGUGAGUGCCAGGACUCUGGCCUGGCCAUGACCCCCACCUGCGAGGCUAACUUCCAGGCCCAGCUGGGGAUGUGUGAGGACAAGAGGAGCUGUGUCCAGUGUCAGGCCUGGAAGACCGGAGAGAAGAAGGACAGCGACCAGUGUGACCAGUGCCAGUUCAAAGUGGUCAUGGUGGACGAGCUCAAGGAAAAUAAAGAGGUGAUUGAGGCGUGUAGUUUCCGCGACGAGGAUGACGACUGUACGUACCACUACACCGUGGACUACCCUGAGGAGCAGACUGACAAGGAACUGGAAGUCCAGGUGCUUAAAAAGAAAGACUGUCCCCCUGCUGGCUUCCUGUGGCUGAUCCCCCUCAUCAUGUUCCUCAUGCUACUGCUGGGUCUACUGCUGCUCUGCUGCUGGAAGUACUGCGCCUGCUGCAAGGCAUGUCUUGCUCUGCUGCCAUGCUGUGGAAGAGGCCGUAUGGUUGGCUUUAAGGAGGACCAGUACAUGCUCCGCCAAUCCCUGCUCACCUCUGACCACCUGGACACGCCCCUAGUGAGGACCGGCCCGCCCAAGAGCACCGACGUGGUUCGCUGGAAGAUCACCGACAAUGUGCACCGAUCACCCAAUCACCCGCUGGCGCAGGUCCAGCCCAACCCCAAAGAGACCAUCCAGUUCCCUCUGUCCCUGCGUCUGAACAGGUUGUUCACAGAAAGUCUGUCUCACCCCGACGCCAGAGACACGGAGAUGCUGCGCAGGGAGGUUGAUGACAACCUGAAUGAAGUGUACAAGCAUGUUCCUGGAGCCCAGAGGGUUCAGAAUACCAAAUUUAGAUUACAGAGGAAUGCUGGUAAAAGAAAAGACCACACAAUUGUAGACACAGUCGUGUCCGCUCCUCGCUCCAGCUACCCCGACAUCGUCAAAUUGACUGAGAAAAACGUCCAGUCUGGAAACUUCCAAGAUCUCAAAGUGGUGCCGGGCUACUACACAGUGGCCACAGACAGAGAGGCGGCUGGUGCCGUGGAGUUCCAGGAGGGGGUGGAGACGGUGGAUGUGCGCGUGCCGCUCUUCAUCAAGGAAGAUGACGAUGAUAAGAAGCAGCUGCAGGUGGAGGCGGUGGACGUUCCUCUGGGCAUCGCUGAGAUAGGGAAACGCUUCGUCAACAUCACCAUCAUCAAAGAACACGCCAAGAGUAUUAUGUCGUUCCUGCAGCCUUCCUACACCUACAGCCGACAGGACAGAGUGGCUAACAUCCCCAUUAGCAGAGAGAUCAUAGAGGACGGACACACACAGGUCACCUACCGCACCCGAGACCUCACCGCCAAGGACAAGAAGGACUAUGUGACAGUGGAUGGGGAACUGUCCUACGGGCCAGGGGAGACCCAGCAGACUGUCCCGGUGCGUCUAUUGGAGCUGGGAGAGGGAGACGGUCUGCUGAAGGACACACAGGUCAAACAAUUUGUCAUGGACCUCAGUAACCCAAGACAGGGAGCCAAGCUGGGACGCUACCCCAGAACCACCGUCACCAUCACUGACCAACCAGAGCCCAGUGUGAUGAUGUUUAUGAAGAGCACCCAGAACUUCUCCACAGCUGACCCAACCUACUCCAUCCCCGUGGUCCGCACACGCAACCAGGAGGGGCCCGCCACCGUCCACUGGAAGACCCGCAAUGCCAAGCGCUUCGAACUGUCUGGUCCCCUCAAGUUUUCUCCCGGGGAGACUGAGAAGAACAUCGUGAUCGACCCACGCCCUCACCCUGGACCGGUCAAACCAGAAAUCUUCCAGCUGGAGUUGUUUGACCCCAGUACGAACGCCGCGGUCGGGGAGAGGAAGACGACAAUGGUCACGAUUACUGAUGGAGCAUUACCAGAGAUUGCCCAGAAGCAGCAGCAGGGUAAGGACUUCAUCAACCGGACAGCCAUGUCCCCUGGUGGUCGUCUCUUCUCUCCCACCAACGUCAAGGCUAAUGCCACUGGCCCACGAAACAUCCGUCUCAACUGGGACCCCUUAGGAAGCCCCCUGGGCUACAAGGUGAAGUAUUGGAUCUAUGGGGACCCUGAGACUGAUGGCCAGGUGAUAGAUGUGAAGACCACCCACGCUGAGCUGACCAACCUGUACCCCUUCUGUGACUACGAGAUGAAGGUGUGUGGCUACAACGCCCUGGGAAACGGAAACUACAGCGACAUGGUGCCCUGUCAGACCCUGGAGGACGUCCCCAGUGAGCCCGGUCGUCUUGCGUUCAACGUCAUCAGUCCAACCGUCACUCAGGUCAGCUGGGCGGAGCCUGCCGAGACCAACGGUGUCAUCACCAACUACGAGGUCCUCUACACACCCAUCAAUGACAACACAAAGCCGAUGGGUGUAGCUAAGAAGGUUAAGAUAGACAACCCUAAGAAGAGGAUGUUGCUAAUUGAGAACCUGCAGUCGGCCCAGACCUACUGCUAUAAGGUCCGGGCUAAGAACAGUGUUGGCUGGGGUCCAUUCAGAGAGGCAACCAUCAACCUGGCCUCACAGCCCGUCAGACCCAUGUCCAUCCCUAUCAUCCCAGACAUCCCAAUAGUGGACGCGGAGGCGGGGGAUGAGUACGACGGCUACCUGAUGUACAGCAGCGAGGUCUUGAGGUCGCCAACAGGCUCCAAGAGACCCAGCGUCUCAGACGAAGACCAAAUGAACGGCAGGUGGGAACAAAACUUCCUGUUCCCCGGGGGAAAUAAUUCCAUGUCGCGCAGUGCCAAUAUGUCGUCUUCCAGCUACAGCCAGCUGUCUCCCAUGUCCACCCUCAGCUCCAACCACAGAGGAGGGGCCGGAGGUUCCAUGACUACGGAGUCCUCCACAACAUACCUCUCUGGACAAGGAGGGAACUCGCUCUCCCGCACUCAGGUGAUCGGGGGCGGGACGCGCACAGAGAAUGUUGUCAUGAGGAAGCGGUCAGAGAACCGAGGUUACUAUGAGUACGACGACAACAUCCGAGAUUCCAUCGUCAUAGGAGACCUGUCCAGUGGAUUGUCGGGAUACACAGACGGCAAAAGUACUUAUGGCUUCAGCCCCACUCAGACACAGUACAGCUACAGUAUGUCUCGGGUCUUGCGGGGCAGGACCCAGUCUGAGGAUGUCAACGAUGCGCUACUGAAUCUGGACAGGGUGCUCCAGGACUCUCGUUUGGCCUCUGGGGUCCCUGACACCCCCACCAGGUUGGUGUUCUCUGCCCUGGGCCCCACGGCCCUGAAGGUCAGCUGGCAGGAGCCCCACUGUGACAGGGAUGUGCUGGGGUACUGUGUUCUCUACCAGCUACUCAAUGGAGGUGAUAUGAAGCGUAUAGACGUGUCCAGCCCAGCAGAGAACUCUGUGGUGGUGCAGGACCUGCUGCCUAACCACUCCUACCUGUUCAAGGUGAAGGCUCAGAGUCUGGAGGGCUGGGGACCAGAGAGAGAGGGAGUCAUCACCAUAGAGUCAGCCGUCAACCCCAACAGCCCACUCAGUCCAAUGCCAGGUUCUCCCUUCACUCUCAGCACCCCCAGUGCUCCAGGCCCCCUGGUAUUCACAGCUCUGUCCCCCGAGGCACUGCAGCUGAGCUGGGACAAACCCCGCAAACCCAACGGAGAUAUCCUGGGCUACGUGGUCACCUGUGAACAGCUGCACGGAGGAGGUGACAUGCGUUCCUUCCAGGUGAGCGGUGACAGCGCUGAGACCAGUCUGACGGUUCCGGACCUGAGUGAGAACAUGCCAUACAAGUUCAAAGUUCAGGCCAGGACGACGCAGGGCUUCGGGCCCGAGAGGGAGGGUAUCAUCACCAUCGAGUCUCAGGAUGGGGGUAGCACGUCUCAAAUAGGUGGAAUAGGUGGUAUGUCUCAACUAGGAGGCCUAGGUGGUAUGUCCCAAAUACAAGGCCUAGGAGGUAUGUCUCAACUAGGAGGCCUAGGUGGUAUGUCCCAAAUAGAAGGCCUAGGAGGUAUGUCUCAACUAGGAGGCCUAGGUGGUAUGUCCCAAAUAGAAGGCCUAGGAGGUAUGUCUCAGUACAGCAGUCAGUCCUUGACCAAGAGAGAUGUGUUCCAACUGCCGACAGAGGUCAGCACCCACAGCAACGUCACACACACCAUGAUCAACGACCCCUACUUCUCAGGGGACGGUAUGAUGAUGACUUCCCAGCACACAGAGACCAGCGGCAUGGUAACCCGUCAUGUGACUAAGGAGGUGGUCCAGAGGAGCAUGCAGGUGGCCGGCUCCAGCAGCGUCACCAAGAAGGUUGAGAGGUCGUUCUAUGAGGCUUGAGGUCAAAAGUCAACAACAAGAUGGCGGUGUCCCUGGGGCCCAACACACCAUGUUCACCUUUCUGUCUGUUACAGUGGAUCCUGUCCUGCCCUCUGUCUGACAUGGGAUUAAUUUCAUUAUUUUGUUUAUAGUUUUGUCUCUUGUUUCUAUUUUGUUGGAAACAUUUUACAUUCAAAGAACUCUACCACCCCCACAGUCUUGUUGGAAGUUUGUCAUUUUUAUACACAAUACUCAUGGCUCCCUCUAUUGGUUCUAACUGGUAUUACGCCCAGAGGCUUUAGAUUAUGCGCUAAUCUGAGGUCGUAUCACAAUAGUUUAAAGUAGAGCCCGCACUGGUGUUAAUAUCUCUUGGCAGAGAUUAUCUGAGAGAUAAUGGCGGGAGAGUGUACAAGUGUUUAUACCGGCUGGCUGCUAGAUGUCUUGCAAGAUGACUGCAGUUUGUUAAUUUGAUUACAUUUACAUUUUUUAAAACAUUUGAGUCAUUUAGCAGACGCUCUUGUCCAGAGCGACUUACAGUUAGUGCAUUCAUCUUAAGAUAACUAGGUGGGACAACCACAUAUCACAGGUUGUCUCAUCUUAGUAGCAACCGCCUGCCAGUACACUUAACUAUGUUUGUUUGUAGGGGCUCAUAGAGAAUUGUAUUAUUAGAUUGUGAUUUUCACAGUCAUUACUAUUACAAACAUGAAAUAUAUUAGGCUGACGUGUUUUCUUUGUCAGAAGAGAUUGAAUUGAUAUGUUGAUGCCAAAUACUGUAUUGCGAUGUAUUGUUUGUGUAAAAAUAUAUUUCCUAUGGUUUUGCAUAUUUCAUUUUUUUUGUACAUUUUCCAUGCUGAACAAAGUUAAAGAGAUUCUCUGGUACUUGUGUAUAUGUUUUAGCCAGUCGUUCCGAAGGUAGCGCUCACAAACCAAAAGUGGUCCCCGAACAUUCCGUACUAUGUCACACGUCUGCAGAUAUGUGCACCACGUCAUUGCUCUCUCUCGCGCGAUGCUGUGUGUGCGCGCUAUCUUGCCAUCUGUCACUCAGAUGGCGAGGGACUGAAGCUCAUUGGCUGAAACUCGCCCCACACGGGGGCAAAAUGUAGAGAAAAUGGAGCCGUACAGCUUACAGAAAACAGUCGCUAUCAAAAUAGGAAUUUGGUGGCUAAUUGAGGUUAAACAGUAAUUCUGCUCAUAGAUUAUGCCUGUAUGAACUACACAUUGACACAUCCAGCCCAAAUUAGGAGCUUUAAAAAAUACUUAGUCGCCAAAGUUCUGGAGCAUGUCUUUAAUAAAUCCAUAAUGUAGAUAUAACAUCAUAAGGUAACAGUAUUUCAUACUUUAAAUGUUUAUCUCAAUACUGUAUAAUUGUUUUAAAAAGAGUACUUCGGUCUACAAGCAUGUUAUGCCUAACUAAUAUAUUCUAGCAUAGAUAGAAAACUUGGUCCUGAUAUUUCAGAGGGAUAUGUUUUGUGACAAAAAGAUUGUAUUCUCUUUAUAAUGUAUUUUUACACCUAUGCUGUGCUUUGGUUCAAUUCUAAAUACUGUCUAUUGUAACAAGUCCUUACACUUAGUGAGAUAUAGGGCAAAAAUAAUUAUACUGGUUGAAUGUAGAAGUUGAAUUUGAUUAAAAAAAUAAAAUUAAAGAAAGUCGUAAUGAUAUUUCAGAAAUAUACCAAAAAGACAUGUUUAUACUUUGUCAUCAUAGCUACUCAUGAAAUACUUUGUGUAACGUUCAUACAAUAAUCUGCUGUUUGUUUUUUUAUAUCUGACAUGUCCAUUUUAUGGCAUUUAAUAAAGAUUGAAUAUGAACCUCAA